AUGUCGUCCACAGCCCGGCUCGUCAACUCUGCCGCCAGAGCCCGCCCUCUCGCCCAACAGCCGACCCCGCAGGCCCGCCGCCUGUUCAGCUCCAGUCGCAUUCGAUCCAGGGAGGUUCGCGACGCCUACAUCCUCAGCGGCUCGCGCACUCCCACCGGUGUGUUCAAUGGCGCCUUCACUACCGUCCCCGCGCCCCGGCUGGGCGCCGUCGCCAUCGAGUCCGCCCUCGCCAAGUCGACCGUGCCGGUUGACAAGAUCAAGUCCGUCUACAUGGGCCAUGUGCUGCAGGGCGCCGCCGGCCAGGCCCCCGCCCGUCAGGCCAGCAUCUUCGCCAGCCUGCCGCCAUCCGUCGAAGCCACCACUAUCAACAAGGUGUGCGCCUCGGGCCUGAAGGCUGUGACCAUUGCCGCCCAGGACAUCCAGCUGGGUGACGCCGAGGCCAUUGUCGCCGGCGGCAUGGAGAACAUGUCCCGUGUACCCUACUAUCUGGCCCGCGCCAGUCAACAGCCACCUUUCGGCGAGCAGAAACUGCAGGACGGCCUCAUCACUGACGGUCUGUGGGAUGUCUACAACCAGAUCCACAUGGGCAACUGCGCCGAGAACACUGCCAAGAAAUACCAGAUCUCGCGUGAGGAGCAGGACGACUUCGCCAUUCUGUCCUACAAGCGUGCCCAAGAGGCGUGGGCUGCCGGCCUGUUCAAAGACGAGGUUGUGCCUGUGACAGUACAAUCCAGGAAAGGCGACACGGUGGUUGAGGAGGACGAGGGGUACAACCGCCUGAAGCUUGACAAGGUCAAAACGCUGAAGCCCGCCUUCGUCCGCGAUGGCACAGGCUCCAUCACUGCCGCCAACAGUUCGUCCUUCAACGACGGUGCCAGCGCCCUCGUUCUGGGCAGUAGAGAUGUUGCCAAGGCCCAUGGCUCCGAUUCGCGAGUUUUGGCUCGUAUUGUCUCUUAUGCGGAUGCUGCUCUUGACCCUAUCGAUUUUCCCAUCGCUCCGGCCAAGGUUGUUCCCAUUGUCCUAGAAAAGGCCGGUCUAUCCAAAUCCGACAUUUCCAUCUGGGAAUUUAACGAGGCGUUCGCCGCUGUCAUCAGGGCCAACGCUAAAAUUCUGGGCCUCGGAUCCGACAAUGUGAACCCCAGAGGCGGCGCCAUUGCGUUGGGACAUGCAUUGGGGAGCUCUGGAAGCAGAAUUUUGGUGACCCUGUUGCAUCAACUGGAAAUUGGACAGUAUGGAUGCGCGGCAAUCUGCAACGGCGGCGGUGCUGCUAGCGGAAUCAUAGUGCAGAGAAUAGGUCAUGGUGAUCUGUGA